CGCGCUGUGCGCGUCUAUGGUUCUGCUCGCGUGGAAAGUGAACGAGAAAAAUUCGUGACGUGCUUAACCCACAUUUUUCUUGUAGUAUUUGUAAAAUGUUCGUUUUUCUGCAAUUUUUCCUGUUGUUUCUGUAAACGCCUAAUUUUAAACAAUAAUUUUUAAAAGAUUGAAUCUUCCAAAGUGACCAUUCGAAUGUUCCGUGAAAGAACAUAAUGCUUAUAUUCGCGUAUGGACACCAGUGCCAGAACGAUAGUUAGGUUUUAUACGAAUAAGAAACAAGUGAUACUGUCCUAAAGGCAGUAUGAGUAAUCCUUAUAGAGCCAGACCAACUAGGUCUAGAGUAGAUCACAAUUUAGGAUAUGGAGUUCAUAAUCAAAAUGUGUGGAAUCCAGUAUCUAGAGUACAAUCAGAUAUGCCAUCGAAUGAUUCCAUUCAACGUCAGCCCCCCAUUGUAAAUCAGUCUAAACAAUCAACUGAUCCUUGGAAUAAUUCAUGGAAUUGGGACUUUGACAAGCAAACAACAGAAAAUCAACAACAACAGCCCCAACCGCAAGAACAUCAGCAACACUAUGUACCUUCAUAUACGAAUCAAGGACAACUUAUAUCUAAUUCUGUUCAAGAUCAUUGUUAUCAAAAUGUAAAUGGUAACAAGUCUGACUUGCUCAAUCAGAACUUAAUGUUAGAUAGAAAUGCAUCUGCAACAAUUGCCAAUAGACCACCAACUUCAAAUCAUUCGGACACCUUUAAACCUUAUUCAAAUUAUACUCAAUAUCAGCAAUAUCCAACGCUACCACCACCACCGCAAGUAACUUCCUCCAAACCUGGAUCUAUGAAUUUUGAUCAACCUCAAUGGACAAAUGAACAGCCUAAAAAUCUUCCUUAUGGACAGCAAAUAUCAAAUAUACAGCAGCAAAAAGAUCAAGGAACUCGUCCUGCUUUAGUUGGUAGUAAUUACAAUUGGAAUAAGCCUGAUCAAACAAAUUUAAUGACUCCACAUAAUUGGCAAAGUCAUACUAAUUUGUCAGGUCAUGUACAAGAUCCAAAAAUAGAUAAGGAAACACAUGGUUUUGAUGACAUGGGUAAUCAGAGUGUACCAUCGUUACAGCAAACUAGUACAAAUCAGCACCUUUUACCCUCUACUGAAAAUAAAGAACAUUCCAUAAAUGAAGCUAAUAAUUGGUCAAAUCAAGUUAAUGUAUCAACUCUUCAGAGAAAUAGUCAAAAUCGUGAUACCAUAUUGACCAAUCAACAACCAACACAAACAUAUAAUACCAAUAAUGAAUUUAAUUCAUGGUCACAAACAGGAAACAUAGAUACUUUGCAGCAAUGGAAACACACAGAUGAUACAUAUUCGAAUCAGUGGUUACAGGAACAACGAGAGAAUAAUAAUUUAAUAGAAGAAAGCAUCAAACAAGAUAAUACUGCUACUCUUGCAACAAAUGACUGGCAACAAAGUCAUUCUCAUCAUGCUUUACCUAAUGUGAUAACAGCAACAGAGCCCAGUACAGACGAUGAAAAGAAAAAAUCUAUUCCUUUGUUACACGCAAAUUCUUUAAACUCUAUGGAUACUAAUAUACAUACAAAAACGAAUGUCGUUAAAUCACAGUUAUCAGAUUCUCGUCUUAAUGUGUCUGGUACUCCUGAAACUGUAUCAACAGUUGCCAGUUCCGAAAAUGUUUCAAUGCAAGAAAGUAAUGACUUUAACCUAGUUAGUGAAUCAAUAGAAUGGGGAAAAAAUAAUGCAACAGAAGAAUUACCUGCAAAAUUAGAACAGUUGAAUCUUGGUACUAAAUUGAAUAAACAUUUGGAAAAUUUAAAUGAACCAAAAGAAAUAAAUCCUGUUAUGGCAGAGGAUGCAUGGAGUCAAAAUACAGCUUCCCAUACAAGUACUACACCUGAUAAUAUACCUGGGUUACCUUCAGAUUAUGUUUUACCUGGUACUGAAAGCACUCAUUCUAACGAAAAUCAAAAUAUUAUUAGUAAGGAACAUUCAAUGCUCAAUACAUAUCAAAUGUCGAAUGUUAAACCAAUGGAUAGCAUAGCACAAAGUGGAUAUGAUCAGUGGUACAGUCAAGCUGCAUUGCCACUCUCUUCAGAAAAUACAUGGUAUUCAAAAGAUCAUAUUUGUCCACCCAAGGAAUGGGUUACCGAACAAAACGUAGAAAAUUAUGAAAAUAUACAGCAGCCUUCAGAGUUUGUAAAUUUAGAAGUAGUUACUCCAUCAUUACAGAAACGCGAUAUCUACGGCUCUAGAGAUUCUAUUAACAAAGAAACUUUAGAUAACGAUCCGAAACCAGUUGUGAAUCCUGUCAAGGAACCAACUAAUGCGCGUGAUUUCAGACAAGAAGUAAAUAAUAUCGAGGUACCCUCUGCUCCACAAUCGGCACGUUCUCAUACGCUCCUUCAGUCAGAACAGGUACCAGAUAAUUAUGAGUUUGCAACAAAUGAUAGAAAUACGUUUUUGGAAACUGGAGAAUUAACCGAUUCUCAUCAGGAACAUGAACCAACACCACCGAGCCAAGAUGAUGAAAAUGAUGAAGUGCCUAAUGACAUUCCUUUCUUGCGAGAAGUACCAGGACAAUCAAGUUCCAUAGACCCACGAAGAAACGACCCAACAGGACAGGAACAGUAUAUUCAAUCCGGUCAAAGACUACCUGAUCCAAGAAGAAAUGAUCCUUCUGGUCAGGAGCAGAGUGUUCCGUUAAGAAAUAUGUCCGAUAGAUCUGAACGUCGUGAUGUUCCACCAGGGCAGGAACGAAACGUACCUUUACUUUCACGAACGGAUUCCGAUACGAUGGAACGUCGCAAUGAUCCAUCCGGCAGAGAACGAUCUCUACCUCCGCAGCAGUCCCGCAAUGAUCCUUCUGGAGAAGAAAGACAUCAGUCUCAACCUCAGAUCAUGCUUGAACCUAGCGAAACGAGAGAAGUACCUGGAAGGGGUAACGAAUCUGAAGAUUCAUCUCAGCAAACCAAUGAGAAUUUAAGACAAAUACCAGGAGGCGCAUCUCCAAACGAAGUCACUCAAUCAUCGGAUGAUAGAUCCAAUGGAAGGAUAGUUACAGGUUCUCAAGAAGUUGCUUCUACAGGCUCUACGAUACAAGACCAAACGAACGACUCGAGGAAUAAGCGCGAAGAAGCAGUUGGUGCUUCUAUACGCGAAAAUCAAGGAGUUGCCAUUUUAUCGAAUCGCAGAGACUCGUACGAUGAUGAAGAUGAUGAAGGUUCUGCGAACAGUAGAGACGAUAGCAGAGAAAGACGUCGCGAUAGCAGUUCUGAACGUCGACGAUAUGAAUACGAACGAAAAAACGCAUAUUACGAUCGUGAACGGGAGUUCGACGAUGAUUAUUUCUAUGAUCGUCGUCGAGGAGGAGACAACGAUCGAACGUACCCUACACGAGACGAAUUCGACCGUCGGGAAAUUCCGUAUCGAGAAGAUGAUCGCAAGCAUCAUAGUCGCGAUGAUCUGGAUAGACACGCGAGGGAAGAAAUCGACAGAAGAAGAGUUAAAGAAGAUUUGGACGAGAGAGACGGAAGAAGAAGGCCUGAAGACCGUAGAAAAGAAAGAGACGAUAUGCGUCGCAGGGACAGAGAAGCCAGGGAAUAUGAUCCGCGAUACUCUAGAGAUCGUGAAUAUAUUGAUCGUGAUAGGAGAAGGGAUGACCGACGAUCGAGACGAUACGACGAUUACGAUAUAAGAGAUCCAUAUAGAAGAGAAUAUUAUGAUGAUCCUUAUAGUAGAGGGUCUAGGCCAUCUAGUAGAUCUUCUUACAAUGAUAGAGAUCGAGAAUAUUAUAUGCGAACGAGAGAUCCCUACUACGGUUACAAUGGAUAUCCUGGAUACGAUUAUGGUGCCCAUUACGCCAGUAAUUAUUAUGCGUAUAUAGAAAAUUUACGACGUACAAAUCCUGCUGCUUAUUCUGAAUGGUAUCAUAAAUAUUAUGCUAACCAACACCAACAACAGCAUAUAUCUCGAGGUGCAAGUAAUUAUCCAGAAGAUAGAGCAAGUGUUCAUUCGGGACGAAGCUCCUGCGACGAAAGGACGACUGGAGAUAAACGUACUAUAGGUGAUAUAUCUAUGCUAGAAGAUUCGAUAUCCACUUCGGCGCGCAUGACACCGUCUAAAUAUUCGGUUUCUCAUGUAUACGGGUGUUUUUCUAUCGGAGCUCUGAUACACGUACAUCCAACUUAUCCGAGUGAUGGUGAAAGGGCCAAAGUAGACAUUAUUAGAUUAGACAACUUACUGUCGUAUGAUCCUGUAACGCGAGAUUUACGAGCUUAUCCCGGACCUCUGAUUAAGCAAGUGGGUGUUACUCAUAAGAAAACUAUUAUUGAAUAUUGUGAGAACAAAAUUAAGAAAGCAGCAUCAAACGAAGAGAUGACCGAUCGAGCUUCGUACAUACUUUUAUAUGAGCUAAUGAUUAUGUUAAUCCAACAAAAUGGAAAUGUUGUUGGUGUUGAUAUAGCAGCAUUGUUGCUCAGAAACAAAGAUUCAUAUCCUUAUGAUAUGAAUAAGCAAAAAGAUUCGGGAAGAAGGGAAUCGGUCAUAUCGCAGAGAUCUGGUGUCACGAUCGGAGAUAGUCUUCAAAGUAGUGUAGAUGGUGUGACAGCUUCCGAAAAAGUUGAAAAUAAACCACGAAAAAGUAUCGAACAAAUUACGGACGAGUUUAGAAAUACGCUACUUUAUGGAUUAGUUCAAGAAGCACUAGAAUAUGCAAUGAACGAAGGACUUUGGGGACACGCACUCUUCUUAGCUAGCAAAUUGGAUAAACGUACUCAUGCAUCUGUUAUGGCACGUUUUGCAAAUAGUUUACCGUAUCAUGAUCCAUUGCAAACUUUGUAUCAGCUUCAUUCUGGCCGCGUGCCUGCUGUUGUUACCGCUAUAUCGGAUCCACGAUGGGAUGAUUGGAGACCUCAUUUAGCCAUGAUUAUAUCAAAUACGUCUGCUAACCCUGAAAUUAAUCGUCGUUCGAUCACGACUCUCGGAGACACACUUUCCGCACGAGGAGACAUUCACGCGGCUCAUUUUUGUUACAUACUUGCACAAGUUGACUUUGGUGCUUAUGAAGCAAGUAACGUGAAGCUUGUGUUAAUUGGUGCAAAUCAUCAUAAACCGUACAAUUCAUUUCUUUCAACGGAAGCAGUUAUGCUCACGGAAAUAUAUGAGUACGCUAGAAACCUCAGUGAACCAGGAUUUACAUUGGUGGAUUUACAAACUUUUAAAUUUGAUCUAGCGGUAAAAAUGGUGGAUCAUGGAUUAAUAGAAAAAGCUUUAUUGUACAUAGAACAAAUUGCAAUAAAUAUUGCUAAUGAACCAUCGAAGUAUAAGAAAUCGUUUAUCGAUGCAGUGUAUAACUUAGGGGACAGAAUUAGAUAUCAUGAUCCAGUCUAUAAAGAUUCCAUAGAUGAAGCUACAACUUUAGUAUGGUUUAAUAAUUUAGCUGAAAUUGUUGGUAAAUUCCAUUCUGGAGAAAUGAUUGAAAAUGAAGAUUAUGGUUCUCAAACUAAAUUAGCAAAAUAUAAUGAAAAUUCAGUAAUGCAAGAAACGAAACAAAAACCGAAUAUCGUUCAAUCAGAAUACAGGGAAGGCCCAAUAUCAAUGAUGGAAGUAGCUUCAAGCAAUGUACAAUCAGACUGGCAGCCUUUAUCUUUGCCGUCCAAUAUAUCAGAUGCUUAUGAUCAAAGCAUGCAGUAUACCACUAAUAACGAAGAAUCUUCUCAAUAUCAACAAUCACAACAGCAAGAUUAUUGGAAUCAAGAUUCGUAUUAUCAGAAUAAUUAUGGAAGAAACGACAGCACUGUUACUAAUUGGCAACAACAAUCAACUCAUACGUCGUAUCCUACGGAACAAGGUGACGUCGAUAAUUCACAGCCACAGGAAAAAUGGAACUAUGAGACGGAAAGGGAAGAAAAAACACCCACUCCUGAACCAUCUCAGCCAAUGAUUUCUAUGACACCGUCUACGAGAAAACAAUACGACCCAUUAGAAGAAUUGGAUGCACUAGAGACUCCGAAACAAGCUUCAAAACCUGUGUCUACAGCUAAAAAAACUUCCGAGAAAUCAACGGAGAAGAAACCUUCCAACAGCGGAAGUUCUUGGUUCGGUGGUCUUUUCAGCAAGCUGGCUCCAAAACCAAGGAAUCAGAUGAUUCUACCAGAUGAUAGUAAUCCAACGAUUGUUUGGGAUCCUGUUGCUAAAAAAUGGACGAAUAAAGAUGAAGACGGGGAAAGUAAUUCUACAACGUUAGCUCCACCUCCAAAAGCUGCUGAUAUGGGAUUCAGAGCACCUGUAACUGAACAUACUCCUCAGCCACUACAACCAUCUCAACCGAUUCAACCACCUUCGCAAGCUGACGAAUCAGCAGUGAAUAAAUUUAAACUACCUAAAGGCAGAAGUAUGCGUGCCAAUUACAUAGAUGUAAUGAAUCCUAAUAGUUCGAAAAGUAAUGCACCGCCUUCAGCGGUACCUACUCCAGUAACAUCUCCAUUGGUGCCUAUGGCAGCUUCGUCGCCUCAAUUAUUCAUUCCUGCUCCAGUCAAUGAUCCAAAUGCUCCGGUUGACUUCUUAACGUCUACUUCAACACCGGUUGCACCUUCUACGAAUGCUUCCGAAAAUACAUCUCAAGGGCUCUCUCGAUGGAGCUCAACCAGCUCGUUAUCGCGAGAGGUGCAGAGCUACACUAUGAGGGAUCCGCGUCUCCUCCAACGGAACAAGGGACCAAUGAUGUACAACCCGAAUGAGGUGAAGAAUCGUCCAGCGAAAAACAUGCAACAACAGAGUCGAUAUCAACCACGAUAAAAUUCGCAAAAUGAAUGUAAAUCCGUUGAUAAUCUAUAAUCAGUAUCACGAUAAAAAUAUCGUUAACAACAGAAGCAAAGGUACCUCAAAGUAAGUAAGUCAACGCGUAGACGUCACACAUUUUAGUCAAGCACACGAAAAUUUCGCAGGGUUGUGUUCAGAGUUUUACAUGAAUCGAUUCAUUUUUUGGAGUAAAAACAAACAAGUUAUAUUGUUAGGGAAUAAUUGCUUAUAAAUAAUCUUAUUGACAAAUGUAAACUAUCACAGAGUAUACAAAAGACAUAAGUUUAAACAAGUCUUAAUAUGCAAAAACUGCAAAAACAAAAUAUUUGUGUUUCUUGACUUAUACCCUGAGAAACGUGCACUCUGAGCAUAUAAAGUAACCGUUCGCUAAAUGAGCGCGACUACAGCUCUAAACUGAUUUUUUCUGAAAACUCUGAACAAUCAGUGUUUCGAACAAUCAGUGGCUUUGUAAGUAAGGGAUAUUCUUAACGCUCAUUUAACGAAUAAUUACUUAUAUAUUGAUCGAAUUUCGUUAAUCGUACACAGGGUAUUUGUUUGAUAAUAAUAGGUUUUUUCACGGAAUGUUUUUUAGCAAACUCGCUGAAAUAUGAUAAUGUAAAUCAUAGGUUGUUUUUAUUAUCUUAUAACUGUUGCAAUUUAACUCGUUUAUCUUAUAACAUUCGUCGACUAUGUAAAAAUUCCUUCACAAAACGAUAUACAUACAUGGCUGAUAUUAUGCUAAGUAAGUUAAAGGAAAUACCGAAUCUUGCGAAGUUUAUAAUCUAAUCGCAAAGAUAAAUUAAUCUUAUAUAGAUCUAUAAAUCAAUCUUUGAGUGAACGCGGUUGGGAAGAAUAAUUUUGAACUUGUGACAGGAUUCACGUUUUAUUUGAGUAUUUACAAUUUUUUCUAAAACGUGUUCUGUAAACCUGUAAGAAGAAUAAUGUUGGUCGUAUGGUUUACAUUAUACGAAAAUUUAUUAUGAAAGCUAAGCGCACGGUAUGUUGAUUUUAUACAAUGGCGGCGAACAAUACUGCAUAUUUAAAACGAAAGAAGUAUCGACGAUGUAAGAAAUGUUAGAAAUAUGAAAAUUUUAUGGAUCCUAUUGUUAGGCGGCUUGUAAUACAAGUACUGUUAUUAAUUGUCAGGCUACUAUAUCGUUACAGCAACGUUAUUUCCAAUAAAAAGCAUAACUGUCUGCUCAAGCUGGAAAAAUUGGCAAAAUGCUUUAACUUGUAUUUCCAUCUUAUACAGUUGAAUUACGAUAAGAAGCUAUUUUCAGAUUUUAACUUCUUCAAAUAAUCUUGAAACCUCAAUUUAACAUAAGGUGCAUAGUUCAUUAUCAAAUGUAAGAUAAUUGGUGCUUUUGAAGCAUUCGAAGUGAUAAGAUCAAUCGAGAAAGAAAAUAUUUUGCGAGGGUAAUUAAUUAUUCUGGAAGUAUAUGUUCCUCUCGGUGAUGUAUUCCAUAUUAUAUUUUUUAUGAGCAUAAACCUUCCUAAUUGAGAAAGGUUCGUUCAGUUAUAUUAUGUGAUGAAUUCAGAAAGCACGAUUAACAAAAGAGAGUAACGUUUAGGCAAUGUAUAAAACGGUAAAGCAAGUUUUGUAGAUCAGUUCAAUAAUUAUCGAAAACCAGAUAAAGAGGUACGAAAAUUAAAAGUGUGCGUCAAACAAGUAAGAUGUGUAUGAGAGUAAGAAAGAUCGUUUGUCCAUAAUGUUUAUAUUGAAAUGCGCUCUAUUAAUGUUUGAGAAAAAAAAUGAAAGGAGAAAACAGUUCCAUUUCACUUUGAAACGCGAUAUUCUGUUUGGCCACUAAUCAUAGUAGACAUGAUCGUAGUCGGGUUAUCGGUGCAAGAAGAUCCAAUUUUUGUCCUCUACGACAAAGUUAAGACCAUUUUCCUGUCUCCUUGGCUAAAUUCAUGAUAAUAGAAGUGAAGCUAAGUUUGUCGAUUCUUGUAAAAUAUAUUAGAUACAGUACUUUUCAGAGGAACCUUUACGUAUAUUUUACGAAUCCGUUUCUUGUGUAUGAAUAUGCACUCACGCGUAUUUGUACACAAUUAGAAAUUGGAUGUGCAUGUAUGUUGAAAAUAGAGUGAGAAGAGUUGUGUGUGCAGAGAGACUGAAAAUAAACGAGAACGAUAUAAGAUCUAAGCACGUAAAGGGUUCCUCUGUUUGUGACUACAAUUAUUAGAUUAUUCGGUUUUAUACACGCGACAUGGUAAUAUGCUUUUAAUACAUAUAUUACGCAUAAAUUGUAGUAUAUUAAUAAUAUGAAACGCGUGUUUGUGUAUGUUACAUGUAUAUACGUAUAUAUAAAUACAUAAUGGAAUUUA